AUGAAACAGACCACCUUGUCGUUUGCCUCACCCACCUCGCCCUCUGGCCACCCUCCCCUGACCUCGGUCCUCUCCUCGGUCUUCGGCCACUCGUCGUUCCGGCCCAACCAGCAGGAGAUCUGCGAGGCUGUGGUGGGUGGCGGGAGUACGGUUGCCCUUCUGCCUACGGGAGCAGGCAAGUCGCUCUGCUAUGCGCUUCCAGGAUAUGUCCGUUCAGGUGUCACCCUCAUCGUCUCGCCCAUGCUCGCCCUCAUUGCCGAUCAACUGGGCAAGCUCACCGGCGCGGGCCUCACCGCUCACGCUCUCUCGUCUGCUGCAUCUGCCGCUGAGAACGCUGCGGCUGAGGCUGCGCUCGACGCUGCCACGGCAAACACCCCGCUCUACAUCCUUGUCACACCUGAGCGCAUGGCCAUGCCGCGAUUUAAGGCCAAGGUCGAGCGGCUCGCUGCGGCUGGCAUCCUCCGCACAGUCGCCAUCGACGAGGCCCACUGCAUCUCGACGUACGGGCACGACUUUCGCCCCUCGUACGGAAAACUAGCCUACGCCGCCGCGCUGCCUGGCGUCGCGCUCGUCGCGCUCACCGCCACCGCCUCGCCCGCCGUCCUCCGCGACAUCGAGUCGUCGCUCCACCUCGUCCGCGGCGAGUACACCCUCGUUCGCGCCUCGUUUGACCGGCCCAACAUCCGCUACGGGGUCAUCUUCAAGUCGCUUACGCCCGACGUUUACCUCAAGCUCCGUACGCUCAUUAUGCCGUUCCUCGCCGGUCGCUCUGGUGCCGGCAUCAUCUACUGCCGCACCCGCGCCGAGUGCGACGAGCUCGCCGCUCGCCUCUACAUCGACGGCGUGCCGGCCAAGCCGUACCACGCCGGCCUGUCUAAGGCUGCUCGCGCCGAGAACCAGACUGACUGGCUCGACGGCAUUGUCCGCAUCAUCGUCGCCACCCUCGCCUUUGGCAUGGGCAUCGACAAGCCCGACGUCCGCUUUGUCGUCCACUACUCCAUCCCGCGCUCGCUCGAGGCCUUCUACCAAGAGUCUGGCCGCGCCGGCCGCGACGGCCUCCCGGCCCUCUCGCUCAUCAUCUUUUCAAAGUCUGACGCGUCCAAGAUGACCUGGCUCACUGCCCGCGAGCGCGAUCGCAGGCUCGCCGCGCUCCGUAAGGCCCGCGACGCCCGGCUCCCGUCCUUCCGCGCCAUGUUUGAUGCUGCGUCGGCCUCGCUCGAGGCCACCAUCAACCUCUGCACCACCGCCUCCUGCCGCCGGGCUGCGCUCCUCGCCCACUUUGACGAGCGCCUCGCCGUCCGCGGCGCCGCCCGCGGCCCCGAUGCGUGCUGCGACUACUGCUCCCACCCCGAGGCCGUGGCCAAGGCCACCGCCCAGGCCGCGUCCGUUAAGGAGACCGUGCCUGGCGCCGCUCUCGCCCGCGGCCGCCAGCAUGCCGCCCCGCUGAGGGCCGGUGCCAAGACGCACGCCCUCCUCGUCACCUCGGACGAUGUCGACACCGGCCGUGCCCACUCGCGCUCGCGCCUCAAGUUCUCCGACCACGACUGCGCCUUUGAUGACGUCCGCUGGGCCUUUGAGGACGACGAGGCGCUCAUCAAGCCCGAGUUUCUCCACCUUCUCCCUGCCAUGCCUAAGGACGAGACCCGGACUGACGCUCAGAUCCUCGACGCCUACCAGGCCGCCGAAGAGGUUGCUGCCGCCCGCAUCCGCGCCCGCGCAGCCCGGAGCCGCGCCGCCGCAGAUGCCGACGACGACGACAAUGUCGACGCCGAGUGGAACCGCCGCGCCAACCGCAAGGCUCCGCCCGUCGCCAUUGUCCUCGACCCAGCCUCGCCCGUCCGCGAGCAGGCCGAGACCACCCCAGCUGUUCACGGCCUCACCGUAGCGCAGCGGACCAAGGCUCUGUUUGCGCUCCGAGAGGCACUCCGCGCCAACCUUACCACACUCUCCCGCCCGCACACCGGCUCCACAAGUUCGGCCGCCAAGCUCGAGCUUGCCCUCGCCCGCCGCGCCACCUCCAAGUCUGUGUAUCUCUCCGAGGUCCGCGACGCGCGCGAUGCCAUCCGCGCCACGACAGCCAAGACCGCUCGGUUCUCAGUCACCGGCUACACCGCCUCGCUGGCAGUCGUCGGCCUCGCCCGACGCCCGGCACCGGCCAAGUCGGCCCCCCUCCUUCCCACGCCGUCCGCCUCCAUCUCGGCCGCCAAGGCCGCCGAUGCUGUCGCGGCUGCCAAGCAAGCUGCCGCCGUCGCUGCCGCCAAGGCUGCGGCUGCCGCCGAGCGCCUCGAGGCCGCCCGCGCCGAAGAGGCUCUCGUCGCCGCGCGCCUCGCCAAGCGCAUCCACGGGCGCGUCCCGCAAGUCCGCUCCAUGGACGAGUUCCGCAAAGCGCAAGCCCCUGGCAAGCUUGUGGGCCUGUUGCGGUAUGACGACUUGCGCGAGCUGGCCGAGGAGGAGAACGUCCCGACCAAAGACGUCGAAGUCAUCUACGAACGAUUCAAGAUGCUGGACAUCAACUGCGACGACUUUGUCACCAUGGCCGACUUCCAAGAGACCUUCUACCUGGCAUCAGACGUGUACGUGCCGACCUUCUUCUUUCAUAUGAUGGAUAACGAAAAGGUGUCCUUCAACUCGUUCCUCAAGGCCCUGCUCAAGUUUCACCCGACUCGAUCGCUCGAGUCGCGCCUGGCCACUGUCUUCGAGGUGCUGGACAUCAACUCGGACGAGGAGAUUAACCAGCAGGACAUUGUUCUCAUGCUGCAGCGACUCAACACCAACGUGCCGCGCGCAAAGCUCGAGCUCGUUGCCAUCGAGCUCACAAAAGUGCUGCCGGAGGACUCGGGCAACAUCAUCACCAAGCGCACCUUUAUCAACAUGCUCAAGGAGAUUCCCGGCAUCGACCGGCUGGUCCGCAUCGACUUUGCCGUCGCCGAGACCUAG